GUGGCAGAGCCGGGCUGAGCCGCGGGAGCGGUUGGGCAGCAGCUGCCGGAGUACGAGCGACACCUCCAGAACAAGCGGCGGAGGAAGCGGCGGCCGCUCCUGCGGGAGCAGGGGCAGCGUUUCCAGCUGGCUUUUUUAGUACCAAAGACUCUGACACAUCUCUGGAACCUGCAAUGACAAGUCGGAACAGUAGCCAUGCAGAGAAAACUGGUGAAAUGUCCUCAAAGCAGUCAACACCAAAAGUGCAGGUCCAACGAUCUGUCUCCCAAGAAACCAUCACUAUUCAUUUCUCUGCAUUUGGGAAGGAGGAAGAAGAGGAGGAAGAGGAGUUUAAGGAGUUUCUUGAUGAGGAACUAGAUGACCAAAGCAUUGUAACAGCACUUGAAGCCAAGGAAGACCUCUGCUUUGAGCAUCCCGGCCAUGACUCUUCUGGUCCAGCUACCUCGCUUAACGUGGCCAACUCUGCAUCACUGCUGUCCUCAUCACCUGCAGUUGUGCCAACUGCAGAGACUGUGACGCUCUUGGAUUCCCCUUCUGCAUCCCGAGUGUUCAGUGCAGUGCCACUGGUCCUGUCUCCAUCGUCACACUCAUGUCACACGGUUGACGUAUCAGGUGCAUCUGUGGCGUAUCAGGUGGGAUCUGUGGAGCAGAAAUCCAGCCUGUCGUCUUCCCCAUCCUCGUCCCCUUCCAGAUCUGCCGGGUCAUCCACAGUUUCCAGUUCCAAGCCUUUUAAGGGGUUAGUCAAGUCCCUUUCGACAGAUGUGGAACCCAAAGAACCCACCCCACCGCUGCGACACAGGCAGUUGAUGAAAACCUUGGUGAAAUCUCUGUCUACAGACACUUCCAAACAAGAGUCUGAAGCUGUGUCUUACAGGCCACCUGACUCGAAACUGAACUUGCAUCUGUUCAAACAGUUCACUCAACCUCGAGCUACAGGUGGUGAUUCUAAAACUGCCCCCUCCUCUCCACUGACAUCCCCCUCUGACACCCGUUCCUUUUUUAAAGUACCUGAAAUGGAGGCUAAAAUUGAAGAUACUAAAAGACGCCUUUCUGAGGUGAUGUACGAGCCUCUUCAGCUGCUCAGUAAAAUAAUGGGUGAUGAAAGUAGUAGCCACAGGCCCAAAGCCUUAUCUUCAAGUGCUUCAGAACUCUCAAACCUUUCCAGUUUGAAUGGCCAUUUGGAAAGCAAUAACAACUACAGCAUCAAGGAGGAAGAGUGUGACUCGGAGGGGGACGUCUCUGGAGGUGACUCUGGGAGCAAGGGUGAUCAGUCCAAGGCUGCUGAGGAACACGCAAGAGAGGCAGAGACCCCGAGCUCUCAGUCUUCAAGCACAAAGGACGUGAGUUUGAAACCUUCACUCGUACUUGAAAAAUGUUCGUUGUCUGCACUGGUGAGCAGGGAGGAUGAGGAGUUUUGUGAACUGUACUCUGAGGACUUUCUCUUGCUGGAGGAGGAAAGCAAAACUGAUAAACCUGCUGAAACUGUGGUGGAUCCCGAGAUGACUGAGGAAACCGUUACCGUGCUCAGUAGUGAAGACGAAAAUAAUCUGGAUGUGCAACAGCCUAAACCACCGUUGAAAACUUUGUAUGUCUUAACACUGUUAGUCUAUGCUUAUUUAAUUAUCCCUCUCCCUGGCUACUUAAGUGGACUCUUACUUGGAAUGGCCCUUGGAUUUAUGGUAGCUGUCUGUGUGAUCUGGCUUGUUACUCCACGUACUCCCGAAUAUCUCAAAUUUCGUACAAGUGUGAAGAAGCGGUGCAAUACAGGAGCUCUGGACAUCAAAGAACCUGAAAUACUCAAGGGAUGGAUGAAUGAAAUUUAUAAUUAUGAUCCAGAAACGUACCAUGCCACGUUGACUCACUCUGUGUUCGUGCGGCUCGAGGGAAGCACCUUGCGACUCUCCAAACCCAACAAAAACAUUUCCAGAAGAGCUCUGUACAAUGAGCCAAAGCCUGAUGUCACCUAUGUCAGCCAGAAGAUUUAUGAACUGACAGAGAGCAAGAUUUCCCUGGUUCCCAAGAGUCUGGCACGGAAACGAAUCUGGAAUAAGAAAUACCCAAUUUGCAUUGAGCUCGCUAAACAGGAGGAUUUCAUGGCCAAGGCCCAGGCUGAGAAGGAGAACGCAGAGGAAAAGUCAUCUGCUGAAAAAGUGGACUCAAACAGCGAAGAAUCCAAGAAGCCUCAGGAGGGGGCAAAGUGCAGUAGCCAAAAGGAUCAAGUGCUUUACCUCUUUGGGAGGACAGGCAGGGAGAAGGAGGAGUGGUUCCAGAGGUUCCUCCUCGCCUCCAGGCUGAGGGCUGAGGCCAAGAAGCCAUCGAGUCUGUCUGGGAGCAAGUCAGGGAUCCUGGCCGGGCACGGCAGAGCCGACGCUCAGCCCGCAGCUCUCACGCACAGCCGGAGCAGCAGCAAGGGGAACGCAGAGGAGAUCGCAGCCCAGCCCAAGCACAAGGACCUGGCUGGCAACGCGAGGCAGAAGAUGCUCCUGGACUACAGCGUUUAUAUGGCAAAGUGUGUUCCACAGGAAAAGAAAAGCCCUUCAGGUAGCCCAGUGCUGAGUGCAGACAGCAGCCCUACAGCUGGGAAAAAGUUGCCAGAUGCCCAUGAGGAAGCUGAAGAGGAAGAGCAGGAGGCCUGGGUGAAUGCUCUGCUUGGAAGAAUAUUUUGGGAUUUUUUAGGAGAAAAGUAUUGGUCUGAUCUAGUGUCAAAGAAGAUCCAGAUGAAAUUAAGCAAAAUAAAGCUGCCCUACUUCAUGAACGAGCUGACUCUGACUGAGCUGGACAUGGGGAUAGCAGUGCCCAAGAUCCUUCAGGCCUUCAAACCUUCUAUUGAUCACAGAGGACUGUGGGUUGAUUUGGAAAUGUCCUACAAUGGAUCUUUUCUGAUGACCCUGGAGACCAAGAUGAACUUGACCAAACUGGGUAAAGAGCCUCUUGGUGAAGCGCUUAAAGUUGGCGAGAUCGGCAGAGAAGGUUUCAGGCCAAGGGCGUAUUGUCUUGCAGACAGCGAUGAGGAAUCCUCCAGCGCCGGCUCUUCGGAGGAAGAUGAUGCUCCUGAGCUGGCAGGAGAGAAGCAGGUGACUCCAGGAGCAGAAGGGUACGUGGGAGGAUCUCGGACAAGUAAACUGAUGAGAAUUGUGGAUAAAAUCACCAAGUCAAAAUACUUUCAGAAAGCAACAGAGACUGAGUUUAUUAAGAAGAAAAUUGAAGAGGUCUCCAAUACUCCAUUGCUGCUAACAGUUGAAGUGCAGGAGUGCAGAGGAACACUAGUGAUUAACAUUCCACCUCCACCCACUGACAGAAUAUGGUACGGCUUCCGAAGGCCUCCCUACCUGGAGUUAAAAGCACGGCCAAAACUCGGGGAGAGAGAAGUGACUCUGGUUCAUGUGACAGACUGGAUAGCCAGGAAACUGGAGCAGGAGUUCCAGAAAAUCUUCGUCAUGCCAAACAUGGAUGAUGUUUAUAUUCCUUUAAUGCACUCAGCCAUGGAUCCCCGCUCGUCCACGUGCCCUCAAGAUCUGAGCGCGGAGGCCUCUGAUCAACCAUGACAUGUGAAGACUCUUGCAGUUUACAGUAUUAUAAAAGUUAUUCUCAUGGUUUUAUAAACUGUGCUGUAGUUCUCAUCCUUAACUCGUGCCACUUUCCCCCCCUCCCCAGGACUGUGCCCAUACCUUUGUGCUCACUUGCCUGGUUAUUGUUCCCGUGUACUUCAGCUCCAUGAAGUUCCAUUCCAUUAAGCUGUUGAUUUAUUUUUGUACUGGCUGCCAUCAGGAUUUUGAACUGGGAGGCUGCAAUGACCUAUCCUUUGGGGGAGGGAGGAGGAACUGAAAUAUAAUAGAUCAAGGAGCUCGUUGAGGCACCUUUUGUUCAGCUUAUGUUUUCGUGCUCUGUUAAUGUGCAUUAAAGCAUUGAGAAGUUGUUUGGCAGCAAAGGAACUGCGUGCCAAAUGGGGGGAAAAAAUCCUAAAUAAGGAAGGAAUUUAUAAAACUGGAAGAAUAUUUUUCUUUCUCAGGCAGUUGGAGGUGUAGAAUGAACUAUUUUAUGUUCUUUCACUUCUGCAGUCAAUAGCUUGUGUCAAGCAAUCGAAAUAUGAAACGCUUUCAGGAUAAAAGAAUGUAAAUUGGAUGUAUAGGUAAUAUUGUGAUUCAAUGUGGUAUAUACAUAUUACUUUUUUCAUACAGAACUUGUGCUUUUUUUUUUUUUUUUUUUUUUUGGGAAGCAAGUAGCCAUAAAACACAACUAUCAGUGAAAGGUGGGACUGUCAGAUUUUUUUUUGUAAAACGAGGAGGAAAAAAAGUUGGUAAAGCCAUGAGACCAAACCAUAGCAAGCCGCCUUAUAGUGAGGUACAAUCACCUUGGUUCCUGCUUAAUUCUGAAUGUUUCUCAAGACAUGAGCACACACACACAAAAUGCCAACACUGCACACGAGCAGGAGUAGUUACCUUACUGUGCUUCGAGCCUCUUGCUACGGCGAAACACCCAGUUCCUUCUGCGGAGUUUGUUGCUGUUCUUUCCCACUGCACUGUGUUUACACCCAAAGCACGGGCCCAAAUCCUCCUGUCACAGCCCCAGGCAUCAACUCCCGUGGGAGCAGCUGUGGCUGACAGAUUUUGACCCCCCACCCCGUGCGUUGGUUUUUUAGGAAUUCAAGCGUUGCAGUUGUUCGAGCCGAUCAUGAUUGAAGACUCUUCCUGCUCAUUAAUGGCCAAAACUAAGGGGGAAGGGGGAACUGCCUUUUAUUUCUGUCAGGUGUCAUGAUUCAAGGCUAAAUGUAUGCAGUAAAUGCAAGAUUGGAACACUACAUAUCCACUCUUUAACACAUGGAAUAUUUUUCUGAUGCUCAGCGUUGCCAACUGUUCAUGGAUGUCAGAAAACGUUUUUUAGUUUACAAAGAAGGUGAGUUUUGGCUCUCCUUUUAUAACAUGAUUUGCUUUUUCUCUUUUUUUUCUUUUUUUUUAGAAUUUUUAAAGAACUUUUUUGUACAUUGUGUUGUCACCUUUGAUGUAAAUCAAAAUUUCCAUGUAUAACUUGAUGAUUUACCAUCUCUAAAUGAAGCUAUUCUAUUGAAGGUUUUUUAAACAGCACCUUGCCUGAAACAAAAAAAAAAAAGAAAACUAGCAUUUAAUAUAUUUAAAAUUAAUUCUAUAUUUGAACACCUAUUUUGGUUACCUUUAAUUGAAAUAUUAGUAGGUUAUAUUUGUUACCUGAACUCCUCCUUGACCAUUCCAGGCUGUGUAUAUUCUGGGGUUUGCUGAUUCUGUAGGCAUUAUUUGCCUUCCAUGAAGUCUGCAUGUCUUGUACGCAGGUCUUUUCUAUGAGUUAAUUUCUAUGUGCAAUAACUGAAGUCAAAGGACUAGGUGCACUAAUGUGUAAACAAAUUUAGAGUUAUUACACAAAAUUGUCAUAUUGCACUUCAUAAACUGUGGGUAACUACAAUCUGCUUGCUUUGUUUUAUUAAAUAAAUUUAUCCCAUGUCCAACA